AAGGGAACAGGGAGGGAGCCUGCCAACCUCAGGAUUCCUUUUUGCUUCUCUUUGAUCCAUUCAGAAAUUCCUGGUUGCAAAAACAAACCAUUAGAUGCAUUAAAUUCCCCGAGACUCUUCCAAGGGCGGCGAAGCGAGCGCGGCGAUUGGAUGGAUCUCCUUUGGUGGUGCACACGUGUGGCAAAAAGGAAGGGAAGAGCUUCCUGGGCAGCAACAACGACCAGUACCUUUGUAAAGGCGAAACCAGCGGCAGCAGGAGUGACUUUGGAAGGCAAGCUUGUAGCCAACCCAGGAAGCUGCCACUGCAUCCGUGGCUGAGCCUACACACCCCGAGACACAGACCCACACCAGCCACGCCAACCUUCGCUUGGAUCCUGUUCCCCAAGGGGCUGUGUGCUGUGGUCUACUCCGCCUGCCCCGGGUCGCGGUGCUCUGGGAUGGCCGGAUGAUAGCGCAGCGCCGCCACCCCACGCCGCGCACCAUGGCUGCCAAGGAAGAGCUGUACAGCAAAGUCACCCCCACGAGAAACAGGCAGCCCCGCACGGGGACGGUCAAGCACGGCUCCUCGCUGGACAUCCUCCUCUCCAUGGGGUUCCCCAAAGCGAGAGCACAGAAAGCUCUGGCAUCUACAGGAGGGCGGAGUGUCCAAGCAGCAUGUGACUGGCUUUUCUCUCAUGUAUGUGACCCUUUUCUUGACGACCCCUUGCCUCGAGAGUAUGUCCUCUACCUGCGUCCAACUGGCCCCUUAGCGCAGAAACUCUCAGAGUUCUGGCAACAGUCGAAGCAGCUGUGUGGGAAGAACAAAGCACACAACAUCUUCCCACAUAUCACGUUAUGCCAGUUCUUUAUGUGUGAAGACAGCAAGGUGGAUGCGCUCUGUGAAGCUCUGCAUGCCACAGUGACACGAUGGAGGUGCAAGUUUCCUGCCCCUCUGCCUCUCGAGCUCUACACUUCAUCAAACUUUAUUGGGCUCUUCGUCAAAGAGGACAGUGCUGAGGUCCUCAAGAAAUUUGCAGCAGACUUUGCUGCAGAGGCCACUUCUAAAGCAGAUGUUCACGUGGAACCCCAUAAGAAGCAGCUCCAUGUGACGCUGGCCUAUCACUUCCAAACGAGUCACUUGCCCAUGCUUGAGAAGUUAGCCCAGAGCAUAGACAUCAAGCUGGGUUGCGACUGGGUAGCUGCGAUAUUCUCCCGUGAUAUUAGAUUUGCUAAUCAUGAGACUCUACAGGUGAUCUACCCAUACACCCCACAAAACGAUGAUGAGCUUGAGCUUGUUCCUGGGGAUUUUAUCUUCAUGUCUCCUGUGGAGCAAAUCACAACCAGUGAAGGCUGGAUUUAUGGUACUUCCCUUGCAACUGGCUGCUCUGGGCUGCUACCUGAAAAUUACAUCACCAAAGCAGACGAAUGUGGCACUUGGGUGUUCCAUGGAUCAUAUUCCAUUCUGGAUACUACUUCUUCCCCAUCCCUUCUGAUGUUCACUGAUGGAGUAAUGGAUCGGAGACUGCAAGAAGAUCAGGGACCAGGGGAUCCUGGGCCUCUCACUAUCUUCUGUCCAAGUAUGCAGCCCUUAAGAAUCACUAACCCGCCUGGGCCUCAGAAGCGAUGCCUUUUCGUUUGCCGCCAUGGAGAGAGGAUGGAUGUUGUAUUUGGAAAAUACUGGCUCUCACAGUGCUUUGAUGCCAAAGGACGGUACAUGCGCACAAACCUGAAUAUGCCUCACAGCCUACCUCAAAGAAGUGGUGGUUUCAAGGAUUAUGAAAAAGAUGCCCCCAUCACAGUGUUUGGAUGCACACAAGCAAGGCUCGUUGGUGAGGCCUUGCUUGAAAGCAACACUAUCAUUCAUCACAUCUAUUGUUCCCCGUCACUGCGCUGCGUACAAACUGCACAUUAUAUUUUGAAAGGCUUGCAACAAGAAAAUAACAUGAAGAUUCGAGUAGAGCCGGGCUUAUUCGAGUGGACAAAAUGGGUCUCUGGGAGUUCCUUGCCUGCCUGGAUACUUCCUGUGGAUUUAGCUGCAGCCAGUUUGAGUGUUGAUACAACAUACAGACCUCAUAUACCAAUGAACAAGUUGGUUGUUUCAGAGUCGUAUGAUACGUACAUCAGCAGAAGCUACCAAGUAACAAAAGAAAUCCUAAGUGAAUGUAAAGCCAAAGGGAAUAACAUUUUGAUAGUGGCUCAUGCAUCCUCCCUGGAGGCUUGUACUUGCCAACUGCAGGGGCUGUCACCUCAGAAUUCCAAGGACUUUGUACAGAUGGUCAGAAAGAUUCCGUACUUAGGAUUUUGCUGCUGUGAAGAACUUGGCGACACGGGUCUGUGGCAACUUACCGAUCCCCCCAUCCUCCCUCUCACCCAUGGACCAACUGGCGGCUUUAACUGGAGAGAAACUUUGCUUCAAGAAUAAGGCAAAAAUUUAAAAAAAGAUGAACUGUUGAAAAGAUGGCCUUUCUAAAGACUGGAGAAUGUCUCAUCUAUUAUUCCCCCCACCCCACCCACUAAUUACUAACAGUGGAGAAAAUUAUUCAUAAGCUUCUAGAUGGAUUUAAAAAUAACACUCUAGCAUAUCUUCCACAGAGUGGCAUUCAUGCAUCUAGAAAAAUAGGUCAAUAUAGACAUGUACUCACACUCUCUCUCUGUCUCUCUCUCUUCAGGCUUCUGUCCAGCAGAACUAUCUUGUGACAUGAGCUACUGAGCUUUAAUACAUAAUUUUUUAAAUAUUGAAUUAAGCUCCAGGGAGGAGAACCAGUUUUCACUGCCUUCUGUAUAAUGUUAGUGACCAUUAGGACUGUGUUCUAAAUUGUGGGUUUUUCUGUUUUGUUUGUUUUUAAUUUUGUCCUAUGUGAUUCUGUUCUGAGCCAUUUCAUACACAUACAUGUGUGCACACUGCAUUUUGCUAAAUUAUUAAGCACAACACACGCACAUUCCACAGAAUAAAUAGGAAUACAGUGGGGUGGGGGAACUCUCCUCAGAACUAGAACCUACAUACUUAGUUUAUUGCCACUGCUGGAAUCUUGGAUAUAUAUUUAAAAUAUAUUUGAACAAUGUAUUUAAAAUAUAUUUGAACAAGCAAAGGGCCUGGUGGGAACUGGUUCACACAUUGAUUCAUCUCUCACUGCUUGGUAAUGCUCAUCCAGGUUGUACAAACAGCCUCCAUUGAAAAACAUUGUGGUUUAAGGCAAUAUAGAGUUCUGUCUACAGUGUUUGAUCCGUGAUGGUUCAGUUCAUAUAUGCAAGUCAUCACUUGAUGAACACACAUGCUCAUUUGGUGCUGGACCUUACAGGUCGCUGCCUCUAACCUGGCUGGCCCCGGAGCUGUCAAGGUGGUGGUGCUGGGUGUGUCCCUUAAUGGGUGUGGGCCCUAGCCUACUAGGUUCUGGUACCAGCCAUGUUUAACAGGUCUAUCCAUACUUUUCCUUUCCUUUGCAAGAUGAGUAACUCCUUGAAACAGGGCUGUUAAGAGCAUGCAUUCAAUCCACUGGUAUUUUGUUUACAAGAUAAUGGUUCCCUUCUACAAUGGGCCAAAUCCUUUUUAAUUGUAGUCUUAGCAACUGCCAUACCACUUCUGAGAAGCAGUCUUUCAAACUCAGAACAUCCAGUUUAUGACAACCAGUAUUAACUAAUAAUUUAUUCUCUUGCUCAGGGUUCUCUCAUAUUACCUUAGCCUAUAUUCGCACAAUUAGCAUUCCCAAUUUGUCAUGCAAGAACACUUGCAGUCUUUUUCUACACAAGGACCAUGGAUGCUUUGAUCAGAUCACCAAAUCACAGUUGCUUCUGAUGGUCUUCUCAGUCAAUAUUUAUCUGAAUUGGCCAUUAAGUUCAUCAGCAGUACCCAGGCAGGUGAGAAAGACAGUCACUGAUGUGUACAGUAGCUGAUGUGAUUUAGUAAUAUAACUAAACCACCCAAUGAUCUGUAAAUUGUGUCCCAAGUAUUAUGGAAAAAAAGAAAUUCAGAUAAAUAGGCUGUUUGUUUAUCUAUACCAUAGGUGUAUAAGAAACUAUUUUAUGUUUUAAUGCUAGCUUGAGCAGGACUGCUACCUGAAUUUAAGAAUUUAAUAUGGAGACUUGUUGACCAAAUAAUUUGUUUGAGAAACCAACAAAUUCUGUGAAUAUCAGUAGCAAAACCUUCAUUGAUUUAAGUGACUUAAAAAUAUGGGCUUUAGCAUUGACUAUGCCAGAGACGAAAUGCUGCAAAGCCUUUCAUUUGGAAGCAACUGAAGUCCUGUGCUCGAACUUCAGGAUCACAUUUCAACAGUCUUAUGGUAAUUUCUCAUAAAAUUGACCCUAAUUGGGCAGGGUAAGGCCUUCCCACAAGGCUUUUUAAAUUAAGUGAGUAAGUUGAACAGAAAAGCAAGAUAGCAAUCAGGUCUACAACUGUUUCUUCUAUGGGAAAAGUCAAGAAUGAGCUUGGCCAUUGGAACAACCACUCAAUUUAAUCUUGUCCCCCAUUUACAAGUGAGAUACACAAGAAAAUCAGUUAAGGAAACACCAAAGGCAGGGUCCAGAUUAGUGUUGUUUCCAUCAUGCGAUAAAUACAUGUCACUAAAUGGGUCAUUGCUACUCUGCAAUGUUACAGAACUGCCAGAGAUAGUGCAACAUGUAAAAACAGUCUGGAACAGGUUUCCUUCAGCAAUGUCCUUUCACUAGAAAAAUAGAGUUAUGCUAGUGCAACAGCAAUCUGGAUCCGCUAAAUAACUCUUUUCUGGUGAUUGAUCUUUGAUUCUGAUUCAUUGAUACUGCAUCAAACUUCUGAUUCUUAUUGAAGUAAUUUCUUUCAUCAAUCACUCAACUUACUCAUCCAUACAUAACCAUACCCCCCUACCCCCCUCUCUCUCUCACACACACACACUCCUACCUCUCACUGUACCCUGAUGGUGAUCUGAGUGAGUGGUGGAGUAAAUUGGACACCUUUGCCACAUAUCCAGCUUCAAUAAUACAAGUAUUAAAUCAGCUCACACUUGGUCUCAUGCAGAGGAUAAAAUCAGCCCUAAUUAGGAGUUUUUCCAAGGUGUGUACAGGAGGCACUAAACUGAAGCAGAGUCAACAGAAUGUUCUUUGUGUGCAAUAUAUUUACUUAAAUCCAUAAUGUGUGCAUUCUACAUGAAAAACCCAGCAGGACAUUCUCAAAUGCAUUAUUUUUACCAGGGAUGUAUAGUGAAAAGUCAGGGAGAAAAAGUUACGUGACGGCAGGAAAAAAACCCUGCACCAUUUGUAUUUUGCAGUUGAUAUUGCUGCUGGUAUUUUUGGGAAAGCUUAUAUAUAUGUAAUUUAAACUAUUUUUGGGGCUAUGUACAGAUGUUCUGAAGAUGAAUUAGUUUAUGGCUUCUCCAGAUCUAUUCUCUGCAGAAGAGUUUUAAUGAACUUUGAACAAUGAUGACAAUCAAACCAAAAUGUUCGUUACUGGUGUAAUAUUUAAUUUGUGUGGAUAGCUUGCGGGGGGAGUUGUUUUUGCACUGACCGUUUGCAAGUUGUUAAUAAUGAUGUGUUGUCCACAGUAGCAUACAAGAUACCUAACAGUUGAAAACUACCAAAACAUUUUCAUAAAUUGAACAUUGUUCCAGUACAGCUUUUGUCCAAAAUUUAUUUGUAAAGCUGUUGCUGGAUUAAUUAUAUUUUAGUUGAUUAACUGUAUGAGUUUUUCAGUUAAUUUGCAUAUGAGGAAAAAUCAUAGUUCUAAAGAGAAAAGCAUAAACCCUUGCUUCUAGCUGAUAUCACAGGUGUUGCAGAAGAUGAAGCUUCUAAGAUACUUUCCCCUUUUUCUCUCACAUGCGAGGAAAUGUCCCUUCUAAGAUGAUGUUUGCCACCUCCACUUUUUAUAAGUCCUUGUAUUAAAAAUAAUUAGAACAAUAUUUUCAAAUCUGUUGCCUGAUUAAUCAGAGGCACCUUUUUAGGAGAUUAAAAUGUUUUAUGCAGUGCAGUUCCAUGCAUGUCUACCCAGAAGUAAGUCCCACUGAGUGAAGUUUAUAAAGGAUUGCCACUUUAAUCUAUCAAACGAAUUAACUGACUAAAUUUGCCCUAUGUGGAAUGACUGAAUACUGUACAUGUUUGUCUUUUUAAUAUUCAGGCCGCAUACUUAUUUUGGUAGGGAUGUGCACGAACUAGUUCGUGCACUCCCGAGAGGCGGGGGGGGGCGGUUCCUUCAAGGAGCAGGGAGGCUGCCCUUACCUGUCCCACCGCUUUUCCCCACUGGUGCUCUCCCCAAAACCACUGGCAUGAGGCUGCAGCAUACCUCCUUGCAGCCCUGGUCAGCAUUGUACCAGAAGUGACCAAUGUGCAUACGCAUGGCAUGCACGCGCACACAUGUCAGCCACUGGGAUUGCAAGGAGGUAUGCUGCAGCCCCAGAAAUGCAGACUGGAAACGACACCAGAAGUCAUUUCUGGUGGCCCGGAAACUAUGGAUAGGUGAAAAUAACCUAUUUUUGCACCCGCAGAUAUGGAAACCAAGUCUCUAGGACCCCACCGUGGAUACACAAAAUGACAGCUGCUGAAACCGGGCUACCUGUAUUUUAAAGAGCCAUCACUGUUCAAGAAACCAUGUGGUGGGGGGGGGAUAUAAAUUUGGAAAAAGUUUUCCUGCCCAGACAUUGGGUUUCUCCAACACAGAAUAAUGCUUACUUCCAAAAUUUUUGGAAUGAGGAAAAGUUUUGCAUUAAACGAAAAUAUGCUAAUAAGGGGACGCACCUUCAAGGGCUGAUGUGAUUUACAAUACGAAGGGAAACUGAUAUGACUCCUUUACAAAGUUACUCAUUGGAAUGUUUAAAAAGGGGAUAAUUGCUGAUUGUUUUCUGUGUUCUUGCUCAUCUUCUGCAUUUUGUCACUAGCAAACCAUGGAUUUCUGAUUCAAUAAAAAGUAUGCAGUCUGAAUUUCUCACAAUCACAGUG